AUGUCGGAGAUGAUGAGGAGCCCACACAUAAUGGCCGCCGCACAGUCCGAAGUCCGACGAGUCCUCCACGGGAAGACCGAGGUGACUGAGGCUGACAUCGCCGGCCGGCUCCACUACCUACCGAUGGUCAUCAAGGAGACCUUCAGGUUGCAUCCACCGGUGCCGUUGCUCAUGCCAAGGCUGUGCAUUGAGCAAACAAAAGUCAUGGGCUGCGAUAUUCCACAGGGCACCACUGUAUUCGUGAAUGUGUCAGCAAUCGGUAGGGAUGAGAAGAGCUGGACUGAUGCGAGUGAGUUCAUGCCCAAGAGGUUUGACGGUGAAAAGGUUGAUUAUGGUGGUACAGACUUCAGGUUCCUCCCAGGUGGUGCUGGACGGAGAAUGUGCCCCGGUAUGAUGUUUGGAGUGUCAAACAUCGAAAUGGCUCUUGCGAGCCUUCUCUAUCACUUCGACUGGAAGCUUCCUGCUGGUGCGAACCCGGAGAAGCUUGAUAUGAGUGAAGUGUAUGGGAUCACAGCUCGUCGUCGGACCGAGCUUGUGUUGGAAGCUACUGAUUUUGUGCCUUAA